UUAACUAACCACCUCACUUAUUUAACAUUUCUGCUCUCUCUAACUAGCUCGCUUCCUUGUUCUUCCCAAUGGAGUCUUCUGCAGCUCUCGGAUCUCUCCAUCAGACUUUAGGAUCAGCCAUAAAUGUUCACUCGCUUUCUGGUAACUCUUGUGUGCCACGGUUGAGUUUGUUCAACAAGAACAUCAAGUACACGCUUGUGUUGCGUGCAGAGUCCUCUAAAUCUUCCACAACAACCAAAACUGAUGAAUCAUGUGAUGCUUCAAACGGGAAGAGUACUGUUCGAAGGACAACUUUCCCCAAAGAAGUGGAGGCACUGGUUCACGAGAUGUGUGAUGAGACUGAGGUUGCUGUGCUGAAACUUAAGGUUGGAGAUUUUGAGAUGAACUUAAAGAGGAAAGUUGGACAGGCUGCAACUCCCAUUCCUGUGGCUGAUAUUUCACCAUCUGUAGCUCCACCAAUUCCUUCUGAACCCAUGAACAAAUCAGCUUCUUCUGCUUCUGCUGCUGCUAGCCCAUCCAAAGCCAAACCUGGCUCUGAAAAAGUGUCUCCAUUUUUAAACACUGCAUACCGAAAAUCAUCGAAGCUGGCUGCUUUGGAGGCAUCUGGAUCCAACAACUAUGUUCUAGUCACAUCACCUUCAGUGGGUAAGUUUCAGAGAAGCAGAACUGUUAAAGGAAAGAAACAAGGUCCUAGCUGUAAAGAGGGUGAUGUAAUAAAGGAAGGCCAAGUGAUUGGAUACGUAUAUCAGCUGGGAAAAGAACUUCCAGUGACGUCUGAUGUAGCUGGGGAAGUUCUCAAGCUUCUUUCAGAUGAUGGAGACUCUGUAGGUUAUGGGGAGCCUUUGGUUGCGGUCUUGCCAUCGUUCCAUGAUAUCAACAUUCAGUGAUAUGAUGAUGUCAGCCUAAUUCCACAACAACUUAAUAACAUCUUCAUCCGGAGACCUGUACUCAUUUCAUCUUCUCUUAUCUUAUCUUUUAUCUUGGAGUAUGUAUUCGGUUGAUUGCAAAGAGUUUGAGAAUCUAUUUUGCUUCAAUCUUGACAUGUGACAGCAGUUAUAUUGUUUUUUGUCUCUUUGGAUUUUGGUUCGUCUUAACAUGGAUUAUCUAUUUGUCUGCACCAGAAAGAAACUAUAUAUUGUUGGAAAUGAGUAUAAUUUCACACUUUUGUUAAGUUGUAAGGAUGAUGAGAAGCUAUAAGAGUAGACUCUUGUGUUGAAAAUUACUUUUGAGCAGAGUAGGAGAUGGCCAUAAGUAGUGGAAGAUCCACAAAAGUUUUGGCGAAUCUGUUAUAUGCGAUGCUUUAUUUAGC